GUGACGUCAGGACGCGACCUGUCUCAGUCCUCAAGUCACAUGAGACGUUUCUUCUGCUAAAUGUUGUUUGGUUUCUUCACGUUUCACUGAUUUCUCUCUGCUUGAAACAUCUUCCGCGAAGUGAAAGUGAAACAGGAGCCGUCGUGGAUCCAACAUGGACGAGGACGGGCUUCCCAUCGUGGGCUCCGGAGUGGAUCUGACCAAGGUUCCUGCCAUCCAACAGAGAAGAAUAGUUGCCUACCUGAAUCAGUUUGUUGUGCAUACGGUUCGAUUCCUGAACCGCUUCUCCACAGUGUGCGAAGAGAAACUUGCAAACAUAUCUCUUCGCAUCCAGCAGAUUGAAACCACUCUGUCUAUUUUGGAAGCCAAGCUAUCCUCCAUUCCUGGCCUGGAGGACGUCACAAUCGAGGGAAUCGGUCAGCAGCCGCCGCAGCAGCCAACUGUUCAGGCUAACGGGCCGACUGCUGCCACUCAGAGCCAAGCCAGUGGUCCACCGGCAGAGACGCUACCACCCCCACAGCCCACUCAGACUGUGCAAGAAGCUGCUCCGACGCAGAAACCAGUUCCAGAAGCAGCUGCAGAAAAUGUCCUGACUGUGGCCAAGGACCCACGUUACGCCCGAUACCUGAAAAUGGUUCAAGUGGGUGUUCCAGUUAUGGCCAUAAGGAACAAAAUGGUCCUGGAGGGUUUAGAUUCCAGCUUGCUUGACACGCCGGACGCCCCGGUUCCCGACGGAGGAGCGAGGAGCGCCGAUGAUCCGGAUGUUGCCGCCACCAGCUCCGACAGCGAAUCAUCUUUCAGCGACUGACAUCUUCAUCUACGUCAUCCUCACUGCAAAGCUUUCCGGCGAAGGCGCCUUACAUCACUGUGUGAGAUUCAGAACUUUGCUCGCACGAGGAUACAGAAGGUGCAGAUGUCGGUGCCUGGAAACGUGUCCCGAGUGAUUGUGAUUUCAGUCUGAACAAACUGGAAGGGUCGAUCGGACCUCCUCGAUACGUGGUUUGAUUCCUCAAAAGCAUUUUUGAUUAACAAUUGUUGUUUCCAACUCAGAGAGAACUAUUUCCCUCUUUGAUAAUGAACCCUGUGGUCCUCAGAACAUGGCACUAGCAAGUAGUUUUCGAGGAGUAGUUAAACUGGAGGUUUUCUGUGAUAGUGAUGUUUCUAUCACAGUCAUCACUUGACAGUUCUUGCUGUUUUUGUUACAGGGUCCAGAUAACACUUUAAAAUAUAUGUUGGAGAUUUAACUGAUUAAAGGAGACAUAUUCUGCUCAUAUCAUCAUUCUAAUUUUGGAUAUUACUUGAAACAUUUGACGUGCUCCAAUAUUCAUAAAACCCAUCGCUACCCUCACUAUCCAAUGCUGCAGCUCCUCUUUUCAGCCUCUGGCUUAAACACUUUGGAAUUAGCUCAUGCCUCUUUAAGUGCCCCCCCCCCCUCCUGAUGAAGCCCACUCUGCUCUGAUUGGCUAGCUGGCCCACUCCAACUUGCCAGCCAAACCACAAGACGAUAACCAUGUAAAAUGUGGUGAAUCAAGUCAUGUGACAUUACGAUGGUGCAGAAGUAUCGGCCAAACUACUGAUGUGGUGUUUCAGAAGCUCCAGUGUUUUCUGUGGAGGAGAGAAGCUCUUGUUACCACAGACUCUCUGGUGUUUUCACUUUGCAGAACUUUUACAAAAACCCUAUUUAACACACAAGAGGAAGAAAAAAAUCAUCUUAUGUCUCUUUUAGUCCUUUCCUUUUCUAAUCUCUGAGUUAAUGUCAGGGUGAGAAAAACUCACAUGAAUGUUGUUACAGGAUCAGUCUUCUGUUUAUCUUUAAACCUGCUCGGUAAGGUUUGGUUUGGCAUCAGUGACGUUAGCAUUUUUGGCUGGAAUUCCGAUUGCUUGAAACACUGAUACUCUAAAUAAGUGCACGAGCAGUAAAUGACAUGAUGAGCCAGUAAACAAUACAUGUCUCAUCACAGUUAACAAGCUGCACUUGAAGAAUAAUGUGUUUCAAGUGUUUUACCCUGAUUUACUGCAGCAUAGAAGGUGACCAUGUUGUAAAGGGUUUGUGUAGAUUCAGUGUAUAGACACUGUUGCUUUGACUUUAUUAACUUAGGCAGAAUAAGUGGCUUCGGAAAGUAUACAGACUAUAUAAAGAUGGAGAAAUGGCAAUUCCCUAAAAGUGAAGCCAAUGCUUCACAUUCGCCCCCUGGUGGCUGGCCUCUGCAUAGGUGCAUAACUCUCACGGCAAUACAUUUUUCUGAUGAUGUAAAAGUCAGUAAGCGAUAACUGGAAAUAUUUUGUUGUCUGUUUUAGAUUCGUCCAUAACUAACAUUUUUACAUUGAAAUGUCUCUCGGGCCUGUAGAUUUUACUUUUACGCCAA